AAGUGGCUUUUCCAGUGAGGAAACGUCACAGUGGCCACUUUGCCUCUGCUUUUCUUCAUGUGGCAUGCUGCCCAUCUCUGGCUCCUUAUAAUAUUGACGGGUGAUCUGAGUACUAUACUACCAGCAAGACUUCAGUCUUGCCAAUUUAACAUGAUGGGAGAACAAGGGUCAAUAUAAGGAGACACUGAAUAUCGGUGUAAAGUUCAUAAUAAGUAAAGUUAAAAACUUGAGAACUUGGAAAGUCCCACCACGUUUUAUCCCCAAACACCUCUUGUGACAGACAAGAAAACGAGGUCAAGAGGAGAGUCCCUGGCAAAGUCACCACUGGAGCCCAAGUUUCCGGGUUCCAGUGGAGAGCUUAUCAACAAGCAGCAUGGCUGGCCUCCCUUCUUUCCUAGGAGGCUCUGCAGCCACGCCAUCCCCUUGCCAAGACAGUCACCUUCCCGGAACGCCUCCCCCAUUCCAGUCCCUCCUACAGCCUGGCUGAGUUGCAGCUCAAAUUAGAAGUCAUGCAGCAUGGGACAUUUUCUGGGAGGGUGCCCAGCCUCAGAGUCAUUGGUACCAAUGAGUAGGGACGAGGAUGGAAGAAAGAAGUGACGUUCCACAAAGGCUCUGGGAGAAAGAGGCCCUGGGAGCAGAUGCAGCGAGAUGCCUGGACAAGACUGCUCGCAGUGACAUCUCCCAACACGCAAGGGAAAACUUGGACUUUCUCCCAGUGAAGAGCCUACCUGGUUGAUUUGUAAGUAAAGCUUUCUGCUGCUUCUCCACAUCCUACCUCUGGUCUUCACCAAAGACACUAUCAUCAGGAACAGUCUGUGAAGAGGAACGCAAUUUCUCAGGAAGGAUGAGCCGGUCAUAUGACUCGAUGGAUCCGAAAGUGAUGGACGACGACAUGCUCAAGGCAGCUGUUGGGGAACAAGGCCCCCAGGAGGAGGCUGGGCAGCUAGCCAAACAGGAGGGCAUCCUCUUCAAAGACGUCCUGUCCCUGCAGCUGGACUUCCAAAACAUCCUCCGCAUCGAUAACCUCUGGCAGUUUGAGAACCUGCAGAAGCUGCAGCUGAACAACAACAUCAUCGAGAGAAUCGAGGGCCUGGAAAACCUCGUCAACCUGAUCUGGCUGGAUUUGUCCUUCAACAACAUCGAGACCAUUGAGGGGCUGGAUACCCUCGUCAACCUGGAGGACCUGAGCUUGUCCAACAACCGGAUCUCCAAGAUGGACUCUCUAGAUGCCCUGGUGAAGCUGCAGGUGCUGUCGCUGGGCAACAACCAGAUCAGCAACAUAAUGAAUGUCAUCUACCUGCGCCGGUUCAAAUGCCUACGAACACUCACCCUCUCUGGGAACCCCAUUGCUGAGGCAGAGGAGUACAAGAUGUUCAUCUAUGCCUAUCUUCCUGACCUCGUGUACCUGGACUUCCGGCACAUUGAUGAGCAGGCAAAAGAGAUGGCGAAGCUGAAGCAUCAGUACAGCAUUGAUGAGCUGAAGCACCGGGAGGCACUGAUGCAGGCCCGGCUGGAGGAUGAGCAGGCCCGGCGGGAAAAGCUGGCGGAGCACAAGUUGGCGUUCAUUGACCACUUGGAUGGCUCCUUCCUGUUUGACAGCAUGUAUUCCGAGGAUGUGGAGGGCAACAAGCUCUCCUACCUGCCCGGGGUUGGUGAGCUCCUUGAGGCCUACAAGGACAAAUUUGUCAUCAUCUGCCUGAACAUUUUCGAGUACGGCCUGAAGCAGCAGGAGAAGCGGAAGCUGGAGUUAGACACUUUCAAUGAGUGCGUCCAGGAGGCCAUCCAGGAGAACCAGGACCAGGGCAAGCUCAAGGUUGCCAAGUUUGAGGAAAGGCAUCUGCUGAACUUAAAUACCAUCCGAGAAGAGAGUGAUCUGCCCACCAUCGAGAAGAAGCUACUAGAAUGCAGUGAUGAUAUCAAUGAGCUGUUUAACAUGCUCAUGACACUGGAGAUGCAGCUGGUGGAGCAGCUGGAGGAGACUAUAAACAUGUUUGAAAGAAACAUCACUGACUUGGUGGGACUAUUUAUUGAAAAUGUCCAAAGUCUGAUGGCUCAGUGCCGGGACUUGGAGAACCAUCACCAUGAGAAGAUCCUGGAGAUCGCCAUCAACACCCUGGAGAAGAUCCUCAAGGGCGAGAUGGAUGAGGACCUGCCUGACGAUGUGCGGGCGCUUUUUGUUGACAAAGACACAAUUGUUAAUGCUGUUGGGGCAUCACAUGACAUUCACCUUCUGAAGAUUGACAACCGAGAGGAUGAGCUGGUGACUGGAAUCAACUCUUGGUGUGCACAACUAUUAGACAAGAUUCACAAAGAUGAGAUCAUGAGGAACCGUAAGCGAGUGAAGGAGAUCAAUCAAUACGUCGACCACAUGCAGAGUGAACUGGACAACCUGGAAUGUGGUGACAUUAUAGACUAGGUGUCAGCCAGAGAUCCCCUUGAGGAGAUGGACCCAGCCCCUGAGAGUUAUGAGAAUUCCUUAGUUCAUACCUACCCCAACACCCUUGGUACUGCUUCUCAAUAUAAAGAAAAAUAAAGGUCUGGUGUUAGUAUUCUCUUA